AUGUUCAGAUUGAGUGUCCGGGCUCAAAACUCAUACAGAAGACAUAUUCGUCCAAAUGACUGUAUAAUGUAAUGACAAUGAGAAUCAUGGUCAAGGGCUAAGGUUAGACGGUGCCAUUACUUCUGUCCACUCCAGCAUGGCCAUUGAUGACCCGCUCCCUAUCGUGCCGGAUGAUGCUCAUAUGAAUGUUAAUCAAUUAUUUCACCGAUAAAAAAGUCAGUGUCUUUAUAGACAUUGGUAUUGCCUGUACGUACUGUAGCACAGAGUUUCUAAUUCCAGACGCGCAACAUCGUGAGACUUCCGGGAACGCUUGCGAAACAGACCAAACCGACCAGACCGUGAAAUAUUAUUACUUAGUUGUUAAUUUUCUCGAAAUCUAAAGGCACAACCUUGAUUCGAGACAGUGUUUUAAGCAGUUGAACAUGUUAUUACUCCAACCUUGUGAAAGUAACAAACUAACACGUUUCCAUUUCCGAUUUUUUUUUUAUAUCGAAGGAGUGCCUUUGACGACAUGCGGAGUUUGGCGCGAGAGAACCGUGAGACCGGUCGUCUCACGCGGACGUGUUUCUGCGUAUGUGUUUACUUGGCUAACGUCGCCAUGACAUCCCCUACAAGUGUGGUCGGUGAUUUCUAUUGGAGAGGCAGUUUCUGCCUAUCUUCAUACUGUACUGUCUAUGACUGUAAUGUUGCUCUGAAAUUCAACAUCGGAACUCAUGCAUUGAGGAAAUUGGUCCAUCAACGGGCAGUAAAUACAGUGACACCGUGUCACAACGUGCUCAUGAAAAUCAGAUACCGUCUAUUUUGCCAGCUGGGUGUAGUUGCAGGAAGUUGCCAUGGAGAGUCUGGGGGAGAAGUUCAAAGCUCUGUCAAUCACUCGGCGUGUCCAGCCAGAUGAGCCCACCUACCUGCUGGACCUGUCCCACCAGCCUGUCUCGAGCCCAGGGUUGGUGGCCGUAUGCUGCUCCAACCUCUCCAUCCGUUUGCACAGUGAGGACAGCCUCAGCCUGCUCAGGGAGUACCAGGGACAUAGUGGUGCAAUCUGUGGGGUGUGCUUUGCCCACACCUCCCCUGACCUGCUCUUCUCAGGUUCUGCUGAUGGGACAGUGAGGACGUGGGAUGUCCGCUGCCCAGGUUCAGAGGCAGCACAGGUGUUCAGGAGUGACUCCUCCCACCACUUCUGCAGCUUUGAUGUGAGCUGCAGCGAUGUGGUCCUAUGUGCAGGCACUGAGCAGGUCGAUGAAGAUGAUAGCUUCUUGGUUUUCUGGGAUGCCCGCAUGGCAAAGGAGAAGGGAGGGGUUCUGGGUGUGUACUCUGAGUCCCACAGUGAUGACAUCACGCAGGUGCGUUUCCACCCCCGGAAUGCCGACCACUUGGCGUCUGGCUCCACUGAUGGCCUGGUGAAUGUGUUUGACCUGAGCCUUGGUGCAGAGGAGGAGGCCCUGCUGGCCACCUGUAACUGUGGCUCCUCUGCUAGCUCAGUGUGCUGGGCAGGAAAGGACUUCAACCAGCUGCUGUGCCUCAGCCACGACGAGGGCCUCCAUCUGUGGGACCUGGGUCAGUUGGACACAGACAAGCCCCUCACACUCUUCAGUGCCGCUGACGCCCGCAGCCUGACCCCUCUCUCUAAUGAAGUGGCCCUGGAUUACUUUGUUGGCGGGACUUGGCUGGAGGAGGCAGGGCGCUUACUAGUGCUAGGUGGGACAAACAAUGGAGACAUCCACCUUCUGGAGUGCAGUGAGGAAGGCCUGUAUCUGCUGAGGUCCCUCCAAGGGGGCCACUCUUCCACAGUGCGCUGCUUCCUCUGGGAUCCCGCAGGGGAGGCCCUGCUCACGGGAGGGGAGGAUGCACAGCUGCUCUUGUGGAAGCCAGGGGCGGAGGAAUUCACCUCAGGGAAGAGGGACACCCUGAAGAGUGCCUCUGCAUUAAAACUCAAAUCUAGAUCACACAAGAAGCAUGGCUCCAAGAGGGAUAAGAAGCUAGAAGUGUGAGUCGGAUGCAAUAGAGGGUUCUCAAAGAAGGGCAAGACUGCAGUCCCUAUUUAAUCAAUCAAUAUUCCUCUUGCACUCAAAGAGUACUCAUUUGGAUUCAUGAAAUCAACACAAUUAUAUUUUUUCUUUCUUGAAAGUAGUAUUAUACUUAUCCUAGAAACGGAUUAAUAAUCUAUUUAACCGCUAGGGCUUAAAAUGAGAUUGAAUCACAGUAUUUGUUUUUCAAAUGUUUCUCCCAACUUGUUUGGUAUUUUGUUUAGCUAAAACCAACUGGUAUUUCUUUAGAAAUAUAAUUCUAAUUGUAUCUAGUUGAUCUAAUGCAUGCUCUCCUGUAAUUUAACUAACAUACUCAGUGGGUCACAAAGGCCAGGGUUCAGAACCAGAGCAUGCAGUACUUCAUCAUACUUAUUCAGAGGAGCAGCUUUAAUUCCACUCAAAUGGCACAGAGUGGAAUAACAUGACAGUUGCUAUGCAGGGACUCUGCUGCAUAUGUCAACCUGGUCUAAGAGCAUUUCACAUAAUUCUGUAUGUAAAUCUAAGACACCAUUUACUACGAUUAUGCCAAGUUUCGUAUGAUAUGUAUUCAUUUGUGCAUGUCCAUCACCCAUUUUGUAUGAUAUGUUACGAAUAUGCUGAACGUACAAUAUUUUACAAAUUUGCAAAACAAAUCCUAUGUUACAAAUUCUAGCUAGGUGUUUAACAGAAACUAGCUGGCUAAUGUUUGCAAGGCUAGGGGUUAAGGUUCAAAAUCAAAUCAAAUUUUAUUUGUCAUGUGCUGAAUAGAACAGGUGUAGGCCUUACAGUGAAAUGCUUACUUAUAAGCCCUUAACCAACAAUGCAGUUGGUUAAAAAUACCAAAAGAAAUAAAAUACCAAAAGAAAUGAAGGUAACAAAUAAUUAAAGAACAGCAGUAAAAUAACAAGGUUAAGAGCCCAUGAAACUGCAGCCAUCCUCUCUGGUUAGAGUUAUGUUUUGGAGUUAGGUUGACCCCCUAAGGUCGAUGUCUGGGCCCCACGGAAAUCAAAUCAGCAUAAUGAACAAAUCCCCCCCCCCCCCAAAAUCUGUCAGUUUCAGCUAGAGAAUGCAUCUGCUUAUGUCGCACUUCCGCAUCUGCUGUGACAGAGCUAGAGCGGUGUUUAUCAGACCAUGAGACAUCCUGAAAAUCGUCUGUAGGGUCCGAAAGGUUUGGCCUACAUACUAUUAUGACCCCUCUAUGGAAAGAUAAGACUCUCACAAACACGUACAUUGUUUUACUCUAGGACGUGUUGUUUGCCCACAGGCCUCACAAGACUCGUCAGAAGGUCCCCCGGUACAAGUAGAAAAAAUGAAUGGAGACUGUUUAUUGCCAAAAAAUAAGGAGUUCAAUACAUGUUAAAAUAAAAAAAUCCAGAUUUUUAAAUUUUUUUAUACUGUACCUCUCAGAUAUAGGACAGAAACUUCAGAACAAAAUUCCUUGAUUUUUGGGGGAGGGCUAUCUGUUCCAUGUAGUGAAUCUGUUAUUCUAUGUGUUUUGUAUGAGCAAAUAGCAGUAAGGCCAAAUAAACCAUUUUAUAUACAAUACCAUUCAAAGGUUUGAGGUCACUUAGAAAUGUAUUUGUUUUUGAAAGAAAAGCACUUUUUUUUACAAUUUCAAACUACAUCAAAUUGAUCAGAAAUACAGUGUAGACAUGAAUGUUGUAAAUUACUAUUGUAGCUGGAUACGGCAGAUAAAAAAAAAAAAAAAAAAAUGGAAUAUCUACGUAGGCAUACAGAGGCCCAUUUAUCAGCAACCAUCACUCGUGUUCCAGUGGCACGUUGUGUUCGCUAAUCCAAGUUUAUCAUUUUAAAAGGCUAAUUGAUCCUUAGAAUGCCCUUUUGCAAUUAUGUUAGCACAGCUGUAAACGGUUCUGAUUUAAAACACCAGUCUCAAAGUCAACAGUGAAGAGGUGACUCUGGGAUGCUGGCCUUCUAGGCAGAGUUCCUCUGUCCAGUGUCUGUGUUCUUUUGCCCAUCUUAAUACUUCAUUUUUUUUGCCAGUCUGAGAUAUGGAUUUUUCUUUGCAACUCUGACUAGAAGGCCAGCAUCCCAGAGUCAUCUCUUCACUGUUGAUGUUAAUACUGGAGUUUUGCAAGUACUAUUUAAUGAAGCUGCCAGUCGAGGACUUGUUAGACAUCUGUUUCUCACACUAGACAGUCUAAUGUACUUGACCUCUUGCUCAGUUGUGCACCAGUGCCUCCCACUCCUCUUUCUAUUCUGGUUAGCGCCAAUUUGUGCUGUUCUGUGAAGGGAGUAGUACACAGCGUUGUAGGAGAUCUUCAGUUUCUUGGCAUUUCUUGCAUGGAAUAGCCUUCAUUUCUCAGAUCAAGAAUAAACUGACAAGUUUCAGAAGAAAGUUCUUUGUUUCUGGCCAUUUUGAGCCUGUAAUCGAACCCAUAAAUGCUGAUGCUCCAGAUAGCUACUCAACUAGUCUAAAGGCCAGUUGUAUUGGUUCUAUAAUCAGUACAACAGUUUUCAGCUGUGCUAACAUAAUUGCAAAAGUUUUUUUUUAAUGAUCAAUUAGCCUUAAAAUGAUCAACUUGGAUUAGCUAACACAACGUGCCAUUGGAACACAGGAGUGAGGGUUUCUGAUAAUGGGCCUCUGUUUGCCUAUGUAGAUAUUCCAUAAAACAAUCAGCCAUUUCUACCUACAAUAGUCAUUUACAACAUUAACAAUGUCUACACUGUAUUUCUGAUCAAUUUGAUGUUAUUUUAAUGGACUACAAAAUGUGCUUUUCUUUCAAAAAGGGCUUUCUAAGUGACCCCAAACUUUUGAAUGGUAGUGUAUAUUUGUUUUACAAAUAUUUUCUUGAUGCUUCAAGGGAUCUUAACUCUAAAAUAGCUAAAUUAUCUCUGGUAUGACCUUCUUAAAUCAAUUCCAUAAUGCUUAGUAGAACCCCUUUCCCUGGCUUAGACUGUUUAGUGUGAGGGGUUAAAUACAUGUACAUAAAAAGUAACAUCUUUCUUAUACUGUAUCUCUCAUAUAUAGGAAAGACACUUCAGAACACACUUAAUUUAGAUUUUCUUUUUUGGGGGGGGGGGACUGUUUUUCCAUGUAGUGAAUCUGUUUGUAUGGUCUAAUAGCAGGAAGGUUGAAUAAAACAUGUUCAUCAAAUAUA